AUGGCUUCGGUAACGACGUCCAUCGGCCGGGCCACUUUGAUCCUCUGUAGACAAACGGCCCCAAAGCGGAGCUCGAUAUGCUCCAGUGCUUUGAAACCGACGAGACAAUUUGCGCCCUUCAGCCACUCUUGUAGGUUGGCCCAAAAGGAUUUCAUCGAAGUGCCAGAAUACUCACCAGACCUUCUCGAUCCUUCGGAACGCGCUCAAUAUGAUGCGAUGGCCCCGGACCAACGAGAGACGUUUGACCGUGAGUUCAUGACACUCGCCCAGACACUUCGCGACGAAGGGCUUGGCCAGACCAUGAACGAAAUCCAUAAAGAAGCAGCUCCGUUCGUGGGCUGGACUGGUGGGAACGAGGAUGUUGAAGAAUAUUUUAACGAUGAUGUUCACAGGUUUCAAUCUGAGCCUUAUAUGGAAGAUGGAAUUACUUCUAUGGCCUAUGACGAGCUGGAACAACAUCGAGAACUGAGGAAAUACGCUCGUAUUUCUGCAUGGGAAAUGCCAUUGCUCAGCAACCUCGUAAAACCGUUUACCUUACCAGAUGAGACACAACUCCUCCGAUUCAGAUAUACUACCUACAUGGGCGAGACACACCCAGCAGAAACCAAGGUCGUCGUUGAAUUCUGCUCAAAAGACCUGGUUCCUAAAUACCUUACCGAAGAACAACGAAUAACACUGUUGAAAUUGGUUGGCCCCCGUUAUAACCCAGACAAAGACCUCAUUCGCAUGUCAUCGGAAAAUUAUCCCACACGUGCACAGAAUAAGCGAUACCUGGGAGAUCUCGUUGAUACCAUUAUCAAAGAGGCAAAGGAGGGUGACUCCUUCGCAGAUGUCCCACUGGACCUGCGUCACCACAAACGGAAACCGAGGUUCCACUUCCCGGAGUCCUGGGUGAUGACGGAAAAGAAACAACAAAUAUUGCGUGAGAGGCGACGAGAGAAUAUGAAACUGAAGGAAGGGGAAAAUCUCACUGUUAUUGAUGGAAAUAAGGUGGUAGAGAAAGCUAUUAAUAGUAUUCCUGUACCCAACCCGGCUGCUCAGUUGGGUGCUGGAGACGAUGUGAAGGAACCUGUACAUGCAAGGGCUAUAAAUACUCCUGCUCCAUGGAAACCCUUCACUGGUCGACUUUAA